ACUAAACAUCAAUACUGAUUACAUAUUACAUUGAAUGUGUUAUGAAGAUGAUCGUGAAAUAUUGCUUUGAAUUAUAAUCAAUGAGUUUUUAAAGUUACGAAUUAAUUGAACUAUACUUUCGGAUGAAUAAUACACAAUGUAUUUUGGACCAUUACGGAUUACUCUUAGAGAUACUUUGAUUUUAAUACUUCUAGUUAUAUUUAAUACAAUUCACGUUACAGAUUUAGCUAAUAAUGAUAUGGAUCUCCAAAAUAAACAGAGCAAGACUAAAGAUGAUGGCAAAAAUAAAAUAGUUAAUUUUAAUAGUAAUGAAGAUUAUUUAAAGAACUGUCCAAUAGAUCAGGAAAACAUGCCGGAGUGUUCAUCAUUAAAUUAUCCCUGCAUCAAUUGUAUGAGAGAUAUAGACUGCAUUUAUGGUGGUACCUACAAUUACACUUGUACUGUAAAAACCAAAGUUAUAUGUAAUGGUUCCAAAACUUUCAACAGAACAGCAAUGUGCCGCUUCUGCUAUCAAACUGAAAAGUGGGAGCAUCGCUGUGAUCAAAAAGCUAACUGUAAUUCACUGGCUUCUCCUACCAAAUAUUACUUAACCAACUGCACGGUCUCCGAUGAUGUCUUGUGCAUGGGAAAAAGAAAAUUUCUUCGAAAAAUAAAAUGUUCAUGGACAUCAGGAACAAAAUGGGGAACGGCGCUCGUACUUGCAUUAACAUUAGGUGGUUUUGGUGCUGAUAGAUUCUAUCUUGGACACUGGCAGGAAGGUUUGGGGAAGUUGUUCAGCUUCGGAGGACUUGGUGUUUGGACGUUGGUCGACGCUCUUCUCAUUGGAAUACACCAUCUCGGUCCGGCUGAUGGAUCUGUCUUUAUUUGAAUGAUAGUUCUUUGAUGUGUAUUUAUUUAUUAAUAAUUAUAUAACAAGUAAAUUAAUUUAUAAA